GUCAUAUAUACCACCAUCAUAAUAACUCAUCACUGCCCCCUCUCUCUCUAUCUCUUUAUAGUGCCUUUUGGUUCUUUCAUUUAUAAUAUAAGCAAAAUUUGGCUAAGUGUAGGGGAGAUCUAAGAGAGGGGGUAACAAUGGCCAAGUCUAAGUUCCUUGCUGUUUUGAUCUUGGCCCUCAUUGCCAUUUCCAUGCUUCAAACUGUGGUUAUGGCAUCUCAUGGGCAUGGAGGACACCAUUACAAUGACCAGAGGAAAUAUGGACCUGGCAGUCUCAAGAGCUACCAAUGCCCAUCAAAAUGUUCAACAAGGUGCAGUAGGACCCAAUACCACAAGCCGUGCAUGUUUUUUUGUCAGAAGUGCUGUAACAAGUGCCUCUGUGUUCCCCCGGGGUAUUAUGGGAACAAAGCUGUCUGCCCCUGCUACAACAACUGGAAGACCAAGGAAGGAGGACCAAAAUGCCCUUGAUUAAUUAGUUAAUUAAACAGAGAGAAAUUAAAAAUUGAAAACCUUGUAAACAAUAAUUCUGAAAAAAAAAUCGUUAAAAAUAAGAAAUGAAUAUUUAAUAUUGGAUUUGUAAUUUUAUGUGUAUGUGUUUAAUUAUCUUGAUUCCAAGAUAAUUAGAUCGUCAGAUUUUUUUAUUAGUUUUUAUUUUUAAAAAAUAUGAUGCAAUAAUUUUAAUUUAUUUACUUCUGUUUCCUUCUUUAUGGUCUAACUAAAUAGAUGAUGCCAUUUGCUUUUCUUGGUUCUAUA